AUGGCAGCAAGUGAGACACAGCUCUACGCCAAAGUCUCCAACAAGCUCAAGGGCCGAAGUACCUCCUCUCUCCUGGAGCCCCUCUUGGCAAAGGGCUUCCCAGCACACACCGCGUUCAAAGCACUGGCAGCUACUGGCAGAAAGACAGCAGAAGAGGCAGCAGAAUGGCUACACUCUCACUGCAAUGACCCUUCUCUAGAUGACCCCAUCCCUCAAGAGUACACCCUCUUCCUCUGUCCCACGGGCUCCCUGCUGGAAAAAUUACAGGAGUUCUGGAGAGAGAGCAAGCAUCAGUGUGCCAAGAACAAAGCUCAUGAGAUCUUCCCUCACAUGACACUCUGUGACUUCUUCACGUGUGAAGACCAUAAAGUGGAAUGUCUGUAUGAGGCUCUAAAGAGAGCUGGGGACCAGAUCCUGGGCUCCUUCCCCUCUGUAGUUCCUCUGGUUCUCCACUCUUCCAUCAGCUACCUUGGCUUCUUUAUCAAUGACAGCCCUGCAGACGUCAUCCGGGAAUUCACCAUGAUGUUUGCCACAGAAGCAUCUGUCUUAGCAGACUGCACUGUGAAACCCUGCACCAAGCAGCUGCACCUGACCCUGGCCCAUAAGUUCUACCCUCACCACCAGAGGACGCUGGAGCAGCUGGCCAGAGCCAUCCCCUUGGGCCCCGGCUGCCAAUGGACAGCUGCGCUGUACUCCCGAGACAUGCGCUUUGUACACUACCAGACUUUGAAGGUCCUCUUUCAAUAUAAACCCCAGAAUGUGGAUGAGUUGAUGCUAAGUCCUGGCGACUAUAUCUUUGUGGACCCAACUCAGCAGGAGGAAGCCAGUGAAGGCUGGGUGAUUGGGAUCUCACAGAGGACAGGCUGCCGGGGCUUCUUACCUGAGAACUACACAGAGCGAGCCAAUGAGUCUGACACCUGGGUGAAGCACAGGACGUACACCUUCAGUCUAGCCAUGGACCUGAAUACCAGAAAGGAUGGUGAAGCCAGCAACAGAUGGAAUGGAGAGUUUCAUCCUCCACAAACACCCAGGACUAUUAGUAGUGUGCUGGCUUUGCAGGCCACAAUCUUGAGAAGAAGUGUUUUGGUGGUACGCCAUGGAGAGAGAGUGGAUCAGAUCUUUGGGAAGUUGUGGCUACAACAAUGUUCUACUCCCGAUGGAAAAUACUACAGACCAGACCUGAACUUCCCUUGCAGUCUUCCCAGACGGAGAAAUGGUAUCAAAGAUUUUGAAAAUGAUCCACCAUUAUCAUCAUGUGGAAUUUUCCAAUCCAGACUUGCAGGGGAAGCUCUACUGGACAGUGGCAUCAGAAUCACCUCCGUCUUCGUCUCCCCAGCCCUUCGCUGUGUGCAGACAGCCAAACACAUCCUAGAAGAGCUCAAACUGGAGAAAAAAAUUAAGAUAAGAGUGGAACCUGGAAUCUUUGAAUGGACAAAGUGGGAAGUCGGCAAAAUCAUGCCCCCUCUCAUGACCAUGGAAGAGCUGAAAGAGGCUAAUUUCAAUGUUGAUACGAAUUACAGGCCUGCAUUUCCACUAUCUUCUUUGAUACCAGCUGAGAGCUACGAUGAGUAUGUCAACAGGUGUUCAGUGAGUGUAGAACGAAUAGUCAGCACCUCCCUACAAGACCUGGGCGUCAUCCUCGUUGUGAGCCAUGGCUCAGCACUGGACUCCUGCACUCGGCCACUCCUUGGGCUGCCACCACGUGAGAAGGAGGACUUUGCCCAGCUAGUAAGAAAGAUCCCUUCUCUGGGUAUGUGCUUCUGCGAAGAAAAUAAAAAGGAAGGAAAAUGGGAAUUGGUGGAUCCGCCUGUGAAGACACUGACCCAUGGGUCCAAUUCAGCAUUUAACUGGAGAAACUGGAUCCUGGGCAACUAA